AAGAUGCGCUUGCGCAACAGUCAUUUCCGGGCAUGCUCAAUGUGGAUCCAUAAAGACAUAAUUUUAGACUAAAGUGUAAGAAAUAAGGCACUGGGAAUUAACUUUGUCUGGUUGAACGAAACAGGCAGAAUGACAGAGGCAAGCCUUGACGAUUUCUUUGCCAAAAAAGAUAAGACAAAGAAGAAAUCGAAGUCAAAAUUGACACCGGAUGAAUUGCUCGAUCGACAACAAGAGGAAACGUCGUUGAAAAAGCUAAAAAAGAAGAAAAAGAAGCAAGAAUCAGCAGAAGGAGGCGACAAGAACGAAAAGAAGGAAGAUGAAGAAUGGAUAGAUUAUGUAAAUGAAGAAGAAAAGGAUUUAUCAGGGCUCAGGAUAAAAGAAUUACAAAUAACAAGAGAAGAAGAGGAAGCAGGUAAACAGGAGGAGGAGGAACAGGAGGAGGACGAGGAUGGAGAGCCCAGUGAGAGACGAGAAGGAAGUGCUGGACCCUGGAACAGAACACAACCCGACAGCAGUGGAGGGCCAGCUCAGCCAGUGACUCCAGAACCCGUUCCAGAGCCAGAACCAGAGCCUGAAGAGAAGUCCCCCUCAGAGCCUGCCAAACCAAUGAAGUAUGUUCCGCCUAGCCUGCGGGGAUCAGCUGCCGCCGGUCCAGUCAUCACUCCAGUCUCUCUAGCAGCACAGAGGAGAAAAAAGAAAGAAGCACCAAAUUUAAGAAGUGAAGAAGAUUUUCCGACGCUUGGAGGCGAAGCACCUCCGGCCAGGGAGGCCCCAGCACGAGACUUUACUAAGGUGAAAAUGGGUGGUAAACAGACAGAAGACUCCUCCAGUAAAGGACCCCAGCUGGAACUAGGCAACAGAUACAAUGCUCUACAAAGUUCCUAGUAACUUCCUACACCAAGGAACAAGACUUGAACUGAGACGAGGGUGGGAGGAGAUUUAAAGAGGGGAUGAAACACCACCUGUCAGGGAGUUGCAUGUGAUUUACACGAACGCGAGGCACGAGUGGAUGUCACAUGGGCCUAGCUGACAAGUGGUGUACGUGACUUAUACCACAACACAUACGGAUGCCGAGAAGAAAAGACCCAAACAUGGAGAAAUUAUGUUCUCUACCAGAGAUCCUUAUUCAAGUAGCAGAUAUAAAAUCUGCUGGGUCAAUUGGAAGGGGCAGCUUGAAGAGGGCGGUGGAUCUUGCCUUCCCGUGUGGUGUGUAGAUAUGGAAGGCCAGCCACACCCAGGUCUUUUGUUCUCGCCAUUCAACAAACUGAGUCAAAGGGCUCAUUCCCAAUAAAACUAUGGUUCUGCAUAGAUAAAUCCCACUCUGCAGGGACUCCUGCUGAAUGCAGUAAGAUAAAUGCCUCCUGCCCUUUAUUACAAUACAGAAAAGCAGGUAAUUAUACAAGUAUGUUGAAAUGAGAGGAUGUGUGUUAAUCUGGUUGCAUUCAGCGAGAGUCCCCAUGGAGUUGGAUGUAUCUAGGUAAAACUAUAGUUUCUUUGGGAUUGAGCCCUACGAGGAGUAGGAGGAGAAGAAGAUAAAGGGGAUUUAAUAGAAAAUACAGGCCCUGCCAAUCUGACACAAGGGAGAUAUGCAAUUUUUUCUAAAACAUUAACUAUAUCUCCGUUGUUCAUUAAGAAGAUCAUAAAAACCUACACACGGCCAUCUUAUAUUUGACUGUAUAAUGAUGAGACAUUCAAUCAACACAACUGGAUGUGAUAAAAGAAACUGAGAUUAUGUGAACAUUUCAAUGGAUUAUCACAACAUGUUCCAUUUGAUGAAUUAAUAUAACAGUAAUUUUUCACCCGAGUUAUUUUCAAAGGGUAUUAAAACUUACCUAUACCUGAUGGUAAGGUGAUGUUAAAUUGUAUACAUAUUAUGUGAAACAGGGAACCCAGUAAUCUGCAUGAGUGAAAAAUAUUUGCAAAAAUUGUGUUUAGAAUAGUGAAUAAGUCCAUGCAAUCAAGGGGAGUUUAUUUAUAUGGCAAAAUUAUAAGAAUAAUAAAGAAGUUGUCAAAAUUA